GGCCUUGCUCUCUUCUCUAUAGAUCGGGACUUUGUCAUAUAUUGUUGUAAGCACAAUAAACCCUCAUUAAAUCCCCUCCCUCAUGCUGACCUAGGGGUUUAAAGAAUAUGCAUCUCAGCAAGUGACUAUGUAAAGUGACUAUAUAAAAGCCCAGAAAGGAAGCACACUUUGCUCUCAGGGCUCUCAGUCCCAGUGCAGUGCAGCAAGGUCUUAGUCUAAAGUUUAAACAAAUUUCAAGAUGUCUUAUUGUACAAAACCUGCCCACCACUGGAAGGUCAUCAUCUGGGAUGAGGAGUGCUUCCAGGGCCGCCGGCAUGAGUUCACAGCGGAAUGUUACAAUGUCAUGGAGUUCGGAUUUGAAACCGUGCGCUCGAUGAAGGUGGAAAGUGGAGCCUGGGUGGGUUAUGAACACUCGGGCUUCCAGGGUCAGCAGUUCGUCCUGGAGAGAGGCGAGUAUCCACGCUGGGACAGCUGGAGUGGCAGCAAUUCUUACCACACCGAGAGGCUGACUUCUUUCCGGCCAAUCGCCUGCGCCAACCAUCGUGAAUGCAGGAUGACCAUAUUCGAGAAGGAGAACUUCCUGGGCAGGAAGGGGGAGCUGAGCGAUGACUACCCUUCCCUGCAGGCCAUGGGUUGGUGCAACAAUGAAGUUGGUUCCUUCCGUAUCCACUCUGGCGCGUGGGUGUGCUACCAGUACCCUGGUUACCGGGGCUACCAAUUCAUCAUGGAGUGUGACCAUCACGGUGGAGAGUACAAGCACUGGCGAGAAUGGGGCUCCCACGCCCACACCUUCCAGAUCCAAUCCAUCCGCAGGAUCCAACAGUAGCGACGCA